AUGUGAAUGUAUUAGCUUUGACAUCCUAAGAAAGAUUAAUAUUAAUUGAUUUUUAGAUGCAACCCCAACUCCAAACGUUCUUGGCAGCAGAUCAAGACAAAAUAUAAAAAUAUAAUUCAAAGUGGUGAGUAUUUAUCACAACCUUUUAUUAUUUUUGUGAAUAUUUUAUCACAAACACUUCUUUGCAGCAAAAGGUGAAGCCAUUGCAAUGAUUGCAACAGAGAACAGCAGCUGGGAAUUAAUUACGUCACCUAUAUGUUUCUUUGCUCACCGCUGAUUGGUCAAACUUCAGACUGAGAUCUCAAAUCCAGAACAUAACCUGCCCCGGAGCAGGUUAGCCGUGCAGCGUAAGAUACCAUGGCAACGAACACCGAUUAAAGCCGAGCUACUUUCAUAGUACCUAAAACCCAGGGUUGGUGGAAACUAAACUGAAACAUAGCUGGCUAGCCACCUAAACCAGCUUCAUGGUAUAGGCCCCUGUACAGUUGGUGGCGGCAUACUAUAACAAUAGUAAUCUGCCAAAAAACAAACAAGAAGUAAAGACUCUCAGCCUUCUUUCUGUACUGACCAGCACAUCUGCUCUCUACAAUCCAAACAUGGGAAGACUAUUCAGCCUACUUAUCCUAUUCAGCCUAUUCAUCAAAUAUGCUCAGCAGCAGACCUGCUCUUCUCUCCAGAACCCAAAUAUGGUCUGCAAAUAUGCCGAAAAUGAACUGACCAGAUACAAUAAUGAGGAGAUCAGGAUUGUGAUGGUGGGGAAGACCGGAGUUGGGAAGAGCGCCACAGGAAACACCAUUCUGGGAAAACAGUACUUUAAAUCAGAGUUUUCAUUUGACUCUUUGACUAAACACUGUGUUAAGGCCAUCGGUGAAGUGGAUGGACAAAUGGUUGCUGUAAUUGACACUCCGGGUCUGUUUGACACCAGCACUGAUGAAAAGGAAACCAUUAACAAUAUUUCCCAGAGCAUUUCUUAUGCUUCUCCUGGACCUCACAUCUUCCUGGUUGUUAUCAAACUGGGCAGAUUCACAGAGGAGGAAAAGAAGACGGUGCAGAAGAUUCAGGAAAUCUUUGGAGAGGAAGCAAACAAAUACAGCAUGGUUCUCUUUACCCAUGGUGACCAGCUCAAAGGGAAACCUAUUGAGGAGUUAUUGAAGACUAACAAAGAGCUGCAGGAACUUGUGGACAAAUGUAACGGCCAGUACCACGUCUUUAAUAAUGAGAUGAAUGAUCGUUCUCAGGUCAGGGAGCUGCUCGACAAGAUCAGAUAUAUAACAGAGAAGAACGGAGGAAGUCAUUACACCACUGAAAUGUUCCAGGAGGCAGAGAGGGCGAUAGAAAAGGAGAAACAACGCAUCCUUAAAGAGAAAGAAGAGCAAAUGCGCAAAAAGGAAGAGGAAAUGAAAAAGAAACUAGAGGAAAAGUAUGAGCUACAAAUAAAGGAAGCAGAGGAUGACAGAGAGAGGAUGAAAGUGUUAGUUGCAGCUCGUGAGAGAGAAUUUGAGGAGGAGAGCAACAAAUAUAGAGAAGAGCAGGGAAAUCGGGCCAGACAGGAAGCUGAGAACAGUAAUCCAAUAAUUAAACUGAUAAAACGUAUCUUCAAACUUUUCUCCAUCUUUACCAAACUGUUCUCUCCACAGUCCCUUUUGGAUUUUCCUGUGUAGUGCUUCAAUUUCAAAUAAACACAACUAAAUUCCACAGGUUAAUAAUUGUACAAGGUGAUCGAUACAUAUUUAGAAGUGCCACAGCUUGUAAAGAGCAUGUUUCUAUGGUGAUCAUGAAAUAAAUCUGAUAAUAAAUGACAUACUGACAUCAGUCAGAGGUUAAAGAUACUAAAUACAGGACAUGAAGGUCUCCUUCCAUUUAAUGUGACUUAUGUGUCACACAGAACCAGGUAGAAACAUACAAAGAAAACUGGUUUUUACACACAAACUUCUUUAUUCAUUUUAUUUCAUUUUAUGUAACUGUGAAAUAAUAACUGUAAAUGGAUGCCACCGAGCUGCACUCCUUUGAGAAACAACCUUUGUACAGUAGCCUCCUCCACUGGCCUGGAAGAACUGUAAAGUCUGAACGAUACAGCUGGUGAGAAAUUAAUUAAAGGACAGAAUAUGUCCAAAAACUAAAAUAAGGAGGGUUUUGAAAUUACUUUAAAAUCUAUUCAAAAAAUGUUAAAGUCAUUGCUAAUUUAAACUCUCAAUAACACAAUCAAAUUAUUAAAUCUCACAUUGAGGUGUAGUUUUAUUUUUAAGGUAAAAUGUUUAAGUAUAUAUUUAAUUAAACCAAAGCAGACCGGAAUACAAAAAUUCACAUUUCUAUUCCAUUUAUUCUUCCACAUUGCCAUUUUGGAUUUUGUAUGUAAAAAAUAUUUUUACAAUAUUCUAAUGUAAUAUUUAAACAUCAGACAUUUAUAAAAUGUGAUGCCAUCAUAUCACAAGACAUUGAGACUAUAUUUCUCAUUGUUAUGUUUUCCUUUCAUUGCAGCUUUGAUUUUUUUCUUUACUUAUUUCAUUAUAUUUUAAUAUGUCCCUCACUGACUUACUGUUUUUCUUUAAUGGAGCCUCCCAGCAUUAGCAUUUUAUACAUAUAUUCGUAUAAUCAGUUUGACAAUAAACAUCAAGACUCUUUGUUGUCAGCAGUGUUUAUAGGUGUGGUGUUUUUACAUGAAGUCUUUAUAUAAUGAAGUUUCUCUUCAGACAGACUGACUUUACUUCUUCAGCUCAGCAACAAAACUGAUCUUCUCUCCUUAACCCAACAAUGGCCAGCAAAUAUGCCAAUAAGUCAAUAAAAUUUAUUCAUAAUGUUGGUUGUAACUUGUAUCUAAACAAACAUUUAUAGAUGGAUUGUAUGUCAUAACAUGAACCAAUCCCAACAGUCUUAAAGGGGAAAGUGCUUGAAUUGAAAAACUUUUCUGAAAUUCUCAGUUUUUUUGUGAUUCAUUCUGCAUUAUUUAUAGAGGUGCUUCUGUUGUUUGGCCUACCCUUGCCUAAAAAUUAUAACAUUCAUGAAGGAGGAUUUAUUGCAGUACUGCUGUAUUAGACUGUAUUAGUUUGUGGCAGGUGUUCCUAAUAAACAGUCAACUGAG